UCAAAUACAUCGUAUGCACAAAGUAAAUCGUUCUGAAGUAGUGAGUGAACAAGUAGUGAGUCCAGUAGAAUUCUGGAAUUCACCAGUUCAAUACAAUUUGGUGAUAAUAAAAAUGGCAACUGAAACCGAUGCUAACCCUUUCCAAACUGUAUCAACUCCUGUGAUUCCCGCACCAUCUUCUCCCCCUCCGAAUUCAGACGCUUCAAGAAACUGUCGAGUCCCUAUCGUAAUCAAUGGUGAUGAGAGGAAGUUUCAAGAAAGAAAACACCUGCCAAUUGAUAAAUUCGAAUACCCUAGAAACGGACAUGAGCCAGGACUAAUUUUAAUUUUCAAUCAAGAGAAGUUCAAUGAUCCUGACUCAAAAAGGCGAACAGGGAGCAGAAGAGACGUCAACGAAAUAGUUAUCUGCUUCCAACGGCAAGGUUUCAAUGUGGAUCCUGAAAACAUUAUGACUGACUUCACAGUGGAAGAAGUAAGAAAUAAAAUGAGUGAAGUUGCGGCUUCGGACCUUAAGGAAUAUAACUGUCUAAUAGUUUUCUUCUUGACACAUGGUGAUGAAUUUGGUAGACUACAUGUUAUAGAUGGUACCAUUGCAACCCAUGAGAUAUGGAGACCUUUCAGUAAAUGUGUCAGCCUCAACAAUAAACCGAAAAUGUUCAUAUUUCAGGUAAGGUCAGUACAUUUUUAUGCUAAAAACUCUAGCCUCAUGCUUCUACCAUUGCAGAUAAAUUAUGUUGCAGGAAACGUUGGAUUCAGAAAUCCUUUAACGGGGUCAUGGUUUGUACAAGAACUCUGCAAAAACUUCCUGUCAUAUGGAAAACGUGACGACGUUAUCAGUUUGAUCGUAAGGACUACAAAAUGUGUUUGCGGGAAUUAUUACUUUCAUUCUAGAAGUGGCGAGUACCUGAAACAAAUGCCUAUGUUUGUGUCAACCCUCACUAAAAAAUUUUAUCUGAACAGAAAUAAAGACAGAGCUCUAUUACUGAAGAUGGUAGAAACCAACGAAGACAUUCUAAAAGAAGUGAAAGAGUUGAAAGAACAUGUGAUUAAAUUAUUAUUGAAAGAUGAGGACAAGAAGAAGAAAAAAUGAAUCAUUGUUUUGUUUC